CGCGGGCACUGGGUCAGACAUUGGACCGUCUGGCUGGACAGCGGGCAUCGGGUCACCAGGCAUCAGGCCAUUUGGCUCGACAGCGGGCACUGCGUCAUCUACCACCAGGCAGUGGGCACCAAGUCACCAGGCACGACAGUGGGCUCUGAGUCAAUUGGCACGACAGCGGGCACCGGGUCAUCAGGUACCGGAUUGUCUGGCUCGACAGCGGGCAUCGGUUCACCAGGCAUCAGGUCAUUUGGCUCGCCAGCGGGCACCGCGUCAUCUGGCAAGGCAGUGGGCACCGAGUCACCAGGCACGACAGCGGGCUCUGAGUCAAUUGGCACGACAGCGGGCACCGGAUCAGGUACCGGAUCGUCUGGAUCAACAGCGGGCAUCGAGUCAACUGGC